AUAUACUUUGAUACGUAAAUACAAAUCCCAAAAGGGAAAGAGCAAAAAGGUAACAGGUAGUCAUAGGAAUAACAAACCAACAAUCUCCAGGUACAACCAUGGCUGAAGAAUUGAAACAUGGACCUAACUAUAAAGAACACUUUGAUACACAAUUCUAUCUUAGGAGCAACUAUUCUGACCCAAGAACUUCUGGUUUGUCAAAUCUCACAUAUUUAUUAGAUAAACUACAUACGAUGUUUUCAUCAGGUCAGAUUAAGGGGGCUAAGUUGUUAGAAUUUGGAACUGGGCCAACCAUUCACACGCUGAUAAGUGCGUCUAAGUAUGUCACUGAUAUCACAUGCGCAGAGUAUGCAGAAUGUAACAGAAAUGAAAUCAACAAGUGGUUGCAAUGGGACAAGGAUGCCCAUGACUGGACUGAGACAUUUCAAUACAUAGCUGGUCUCGAAGGAAGCAGGGACAUUAAAUCAAUGGAAUUGAGAGUGCGAGGGGCUUUAAAACAAGUUAUACCAUGCGAUAUCAACUUAAAGAAUCCUCUCCAUCCAUUCACAUACAGCAACUAUGACACCACAAUUAGUAGCCUCGUUUUAGAAUCAGCUUGUCAUACACUUGAUCAUUAUGGCAAAUCACUAAAGAGGAUAGGAUCACUUAUAAAGGACGGUGGUAAACUAAUAAUGUAUGGUCUACUGAAAGAAAGUUCUUACAUGGUCAAUGGUGUCACAUUUCAUUCUCUAUAUUUGGAAGCUGAUGAUGUCAUCCGAGCUCUUAAAAAUGCUGGAUUUAUAAGAAUCGAUAUGAAAAUAUGUGAGACCGAUCUCGAACCAUCCAUUUCUAAAAUAGACGAAUCAGAGAAAUUCUUAGUCGUAUGUGAUAAAAGAGAAAAUGCUUGUAGGGCAAAAUAAAAAACAAACAUGUAAACCCGAUUUAGUCGAUUUAGAUAUUUGAUCCAUGUUUUCAUCUUCACAAGGGUGCAUUAUUGAUUCCAACUUGUAUUUCUAAAACUUCAAUUCCACAAACAUCUUUGAUGCCAAAUAUACUCUCUUUGAAUGUGCCGAUAUUUCAUGAUCAACGAUCAAGUAGAAUUGCACCAUUUACAUAUGAAUUGUCUUAUUUGUAAAAGACAAGAACUAUUUAUGCAUUUGUCUUAUAGCGACUUGUUAUAUCCUCUUUAAUGAACAAUAAAAAAACUUCGUCACAAUUCAUUCAAUAUCCAAAACGAAAAUUCAAAUAUGUCAUACUUGAACUACCAUAUCCAACAAUUUAAAUUCCUUAUAUGGUCAACCAGACUAGGUAGAUCGAAACUGAACUCCCAAUACGAAUUGCAAUACGAUAUAAAACAUAAUUUAUGCCUUCACAAAAGUUGCUGCUAUUAAUGUCAUAUUCAAACUCCCAUGAAAAAUCAUGCUAGCUGCUUUUGGUGUCAUCAUUUUUAUUAAGAUCUUCAGCAUCAAAACUGUAAUCUCUCUCCUAGCUAGAAGGUAGUAUUUUAGUAUUAUAUCUUACUUACAUGUAUGUUAUCUUAUGUAUAUUUA